AUGGCACCCAAAGGAAAGAAAGGAGGCAAGAAGGACACCAAGGUCGUCGCUGCCAAGAGCACUGAUCCUCUAUUCCCCUCCACUCCUCGUAAUUACGGAGUUGGUGGUGAUAUCCGCCCUCGUGGACGUGACUUGUCCCGCUUUGUCAAGUGGCCCAAGUAUGUUCGUAUCCAACGUCAACGCGCCGUUCUUUACCAACGUCUGAAGGUUCCCCCCUGCAUCAACCAGUUCACCAAGACUUUGUCCAAGAAUGAGGCCAUGACUGUGUUCUCGCUCUUUAACAAGUACCGUCCCGAGACCCCUGCUGCCAAGAAGCAACGCAUCAAGGAAGCCGCUGCCGCCAAGGCCGGUGGAAAGGAAGAUUCUUCCUCCAAGGCUCCCAAUGUUGUCAAGUUUGGACUCAAGCACGUCACCACUCUCGUUGAGGAGAAGAAGGCUGAGCUUGUCCUCAUUGCUUGCGACGUUGACCCCAUUGAGCUCGUCAUGUGGCUUCCAGCCCUAUGUCGCAAGAUGCAAGUUCCUUUCAUGAUUGUUAAGGAUAAGGCCCGUCUUGGUGCCCUUGUUCACCAAAAGGUUGCCGCUGUUGUAGCUUUGACCUCUGUUGGAAAGGCCGAUGAGGCUCAAUUGAAGCUCCUCAAGGAUCUUGCCAACGAGAAGUACAACAACAACCCCGAGUUGGUCCGUAAGUGGGGAGGAGGUAUUAUGGGUCUUAAGACUCAAGCCAAGCUCGACAAGAGAGACAAGGCACUUGCUAUCGAAGAAGCGAAGAAGAUGGCUUCUCUUGGAAAGGCCUAA